CAUCAUUCAAUCGCCGCUUGUCUCCUGUUGAGGUUUGCCAAUCAUCUAACCAGUGGAUCAAGAUUUAAUCAUGUUCAAGUUUCUAGUGGUCAGCUGCUUCGUUGUGGCAGUUGCUCAUGGCUCAUCCGGCGCUGCUGCAAAGAAAAUCACAGAGCGCAGUGAUUACGACACGGAAAAUUCUCCAGGAACGCCAUUUUUCGGAGUAGGCCCGGAAGAUAACAGCAUCGACAGAUCUGGAAAUUACGGAAGUGAAUCAGCUGGAAGUAGCGCUGCUGCUGGAGGUUACGGGGCUGGAGAAUCUUCCGCUGCUUUUUCGGCUGGUCCGGAAUACGGAAGCGGCAGCCAAGGAUCUAGCGGCGGGUAUGACUCAUCUUCCGGCUCAAGUGACGGAGGAUACGGCGGCCAGGAAUCCUGGACACCCCUUCAGCAACAAAUUCCGGCACCCAGUAGUAGCGGAUACGGCGAUCAAUCUGCAACCGGGCCAGCAGAUUUCCCAAGUGUUGGCCAAUCAUCCGGGGGCUACGGCGCAGCGGAAGUCAUUACGGUCCCAAAUGUCCCCAUCGACAGUUACGGUGGAUCCGAGCAACAAAGUUACGGUGGAUCUUCUUCUUCCGGAGGAGAUUUCGGCGGUUCAUUCUCCUCCGGUGGCUAUGGCGAAUCACCUGCUGUUGGUCCGUCCACCGACGGAGGAUAUGGAGGUGGAUCGAGUGCUGGAGGCUUCGGUGGCGCUGAAUUCCAUGGCGAAAGUCAAUCACAAGGUUACGAAGCUGAAGGAGGACCUGCUUCCGUCGGAUACGGCCAAUCCUCGCCCCAGCAAGAAUCUUCCGGUUAUGGCGGAGCACCUUCUUUACCCAUUCAAGUCCAGCCUCAGAUUCCAAGUGGGGGCGGCUACCAAAGCGGAAAUAACCAGGGCAGCAAUGCUGGAGGUUAUGGCCAAUCCGCUGCUCCUCCAAUUCAGCCCUUGCCUCAAUCCGGUGGCAACAGUUACGGUGGUGGUCAGCAGGUUCCCGUUCCACGUCUUCCAUCUGGUGGCAACUAUGGCCAGUCUGCUGCCCCACCUAUUCCAAUUCCGCAAUCAAGUGGAGGUUAUGGUGGCCAAUCAUCGCAGGGGUCUUCCGGCUAUGGCAGUUCACAGCCUCAACCUGUUCCUUCCGGUGGUGGAGGAUACGGUGGAGGUGGAUCCAGCCAACAACAACAAGGAUCAGGAUCAUAUGGAGGCCAACAAUCACCUGUUCCAAUUCCGCAAUCAAGCGGAAGUUACGGUGGCCAAUCAUCACAGGGGUCUUCCGGCUAUGGUAGUCAACCAGUUCCGGUUCCUUCCGGCGGGGGUGGCUACGGUGGAGGCGGAUCCAGCCAGCAACAACAAGGAUCUUCAGGAUAUGGUGGUCAGCAAUCUCCUAUUCCGUCAAUUCCAAUUCCGCAAUCAAGUGGAGGUUAUGGCGGUCAAUCAUCGCAGGGGCCUUCCGGCUACGGUAGCGCACAGUCUCCUCCAUCAGUUCCGGCUCCUUCGGGCGGUGGCGGCUACGGUGGUGGUGGAUCCAGCCAGCAACAAGGAUCAUCAGGAUACGGUGGACAGCAGUCCCCUGUUCCGACUCCGCAAUCAAGCGGAAGUUAUGGCGGUCAAUCAUCACAGGGUUCUUCCGGCUAUGGCAGUUCACAGCCUCAACCUGUUCCGGUUCCUUCCGGUGGUGGAGGAUACGGUGGUGGCGGAUCAAGCCAACAACAAGGAUCAGGAUCAUAUGGAGGCCAGCAGUCCCCCGUUCCAAUUCCGCAAUCAGGUGGAAGUUAUGGCGGACAAUCAUCCCAGGGGCCUUCUGGUUAUGGUGGUGCCCCUUCGGCUCCUUCCGGCGGAGCGGGCUACGGUGGAGGCGGGUCAAGCCAACAAGGAUCAGGAUAUGGAGGCCAGCAGUCCCCUGUACCGGCAAUUCCAAUUCCGCAAUCAAAUGGAGGCAGUUACGGCGGACAGCCGUCGAUUCCACGACCUGCAGGCCCUUCCGGUUACGGUGGAGGCGGAUCCAGCCAGCAACAACAGGGAUCUUCAGGAUAUGGUGGCCAGUCAACUGCUCCAAUCCAAAGGCCAGCAGCGGCUCAAUCAGGAGGUAGUUACGGCGGAUCACAAUCUCGUCCAGCUGGAUACUCUGGUGGCGCAGGAUCGAGCCAGCAAGGGUACAGCAAUGGCCCAGCACCCCAACAACACGGACAAAGUUCAAGUGGCAAUUACGGCGGUGGCCAACAGCAGGCGCCAAUCCAACGACCAAGUCUUCCAUCCGGCGGCGGAUCAUAUCAGCAAAGACCUGCUCCAGCACAAAGUUCAGGAAAUUAUGGCGGCCAGGCCCCACGGCCUCAAUCCGGUGGCGGGUACAAUGGGCCAUCAGCUGGACCAAUUCAGAGGCCUAGUCCUCCCAGUCAAGGAGGAUAUGGAGGUUCAGCACCCCGCCCAGCUCCAUCAGGUCCAUCCGGAUAUCGAGGACCAUCGGCUCCGUCUUUCAUUCCCAUUGCACCUGCAGCUCAGUCUUCCGGCGGAAGUUACGGAUCAUCCGGCCAACAACAGCAACAACAGGGAUAUGGGGGUGCACCUCGCCCAGCUCCAGCUCCAUCCGGAGGUGGUGGAUACGGUGGUGGAAAUCAGCAACCUCCUCGACCAUCCGGCGCUGGAGGGUAUGGAUCAUCUAACCAGCAACAGCAAGGAUCGUCAGGAUAUGGCGGCCAACAACAGCAAAGGCCGUCGUCUUCAUCAAAUUACGGGGGCGCCGGUCCAUCAGCACCUCGUCCUUCCGGCGGUGGAGGCUACGGAUCGUCUCAGCCUCGCCCAUCAGUUCCAGCUCCUUCCGGUGGUGGGGGCUACGGUGGAUCAAGCCAAGGAUCGUCAGGAUAUGGACAAUCCUCCGUAAGGCCAUCCGCUCCUUCCGGCGGUGGUGGCUAUGGAUCAGCCCCAUCACGUCCAGCUCCAUCAUCCGGAGGUGGCGGCUACAGCAGCGGAUCUCAGCAGCAAUCUCGUCCAUCGGCUGGAAACUACGGUGGUGGUAGUAGCCAAGGAAGCGGAUAUGGUGGUGGAUCGGCUCGUCCUCCAGUCCCGGUUCCUUCCGGCGGUGGGUACGGAGGAAAUUCCGGAUCUAGCUAUGGCGCUGGAUCAGCCCCAGUACCAGUUCAAGUGGCUCCUUCCAAAGGAAGCAGUUAUGGUAAUAGCCGCUCGACUGGUUUGAGCUCUCUGCCUCCGGCGAUGAUUUCAUUGGACGCUCCGUUCGUCCCGUCUGUUCUCCUUUCGUCCAGCGCUUCGUCCAGCGGAUACGGCCGUUGAUUCCAGCAUCCUUGACAACUGCAAAAUAUCUUUUAUUAAUAGAAGAAAUCAUUUUCAUUUCUCACGAUAGGUUAUUAUUACCUCUGUAUCAUAGCUUCCAAUUUCCCACUUGUAAUUCCGCGUUUUUAUUCUUGACAUUUCGUCAGUUUCUGGCCAACUCGAUGAGAAAACAAUCGACACCUUUAUAACCAAAAACACAAUUUUAUAGAGCACAUUAGUAUAGGCUAGCAUAGGGAAAAGUGCAUCACCAUUUCACCAUCAUCGGUUGCCGUUGUCUCAUUUGUGUAUCUCAGCGGCUUCGUUCGUAUAGAUCAAAUAAAAAUUACGAUUACUCCAA